CCCCCGAGUACUCGCUUAGUAGCUGCUGCUCAGAUUGGACGCACCGGGAAUGGGAUCUCUUGUGAGAGUGAAGAAAAACUUCCAAUUUUUCCGCGUUUACGCUCUACAAAGACUGCUCUUCAUCCUGCGGGAAUAGCUCCGCUAGUAGAAAUUAAGGAAGACGACAAAUGAAAGAUAGGUAAGAAGAGUUUGGGAAGGGGAGAGUUUAGAAAAGCAACACGAAUGGGAUGAAAUAUUGUAGUUACCUUAUUUAUGUACUAACGUAUCACGCUCAUCAUACAUGUGCUUUCCAUUGUAAAAUGUGGCUCUGAAUAUUACUUGGGAAAGUGGGUUGAAAUAUUAAGGUAUUCCAAUUUGGCAAAUCUUGCGUAAAAGCGCACGAAAACCAGCAAUGCACUAAAUUGAUCACGGACCUUCAUAUAUAAUCUGGCCAGAUAAGGAAAGAAAGUUUGGUUAAGUAGGCUACUGUUGGUAGUGUAUGGAUAAAGGCACAGCAACCUGUAGAUUUGUAUUGAUCGUACAAAGAAAGUCAUGGCAAAGUGGUUUAAAGACUUCCCCACCAGCCUGAAAAGUGGCACCGAUCGUAUCCGCUCGGCCUCGGAAUCAGGUGCGCACGGUCGCCCAAAGCCUAUGGUGACGGGUGGCACUGUGGGGAAAGGUAGUGUGCGUAAAAACUCGGAAAAUGGGAGCAGUAGCAGUGGCGGUGGCGGUGUGGGUUCAUUGCUCUCCGGGAGGAAUCGUAAAAAUUCGGCCAUUGAAUUGGGACGGAACCAUCCAAGCACCGGGGCUAGUCCCCUGAAAGACGGGAAGAUAUGGGAGAUCUUUAUUCCAGGGAAGGGCAAGAAGAACUCAAAGUUUGACGCGGGGUUCGAAGACCACCGCACUCUGAGGACGUCGGGUAUGGCAGACGCGUACAUCAGCAGAAUGAUCAAGGUGGACAAGCAGGAAAAAAGUCAGAAAGCCAGUUUUGGACCUGCAGAUGCAACAGUGGCGGACAACGAGAAAGGAAAGGCAACGGUGAAGACUGAGACGCUGAUCAUCCUGGAGGACUAUGCUGACCCCUUCGAUGCCGAGCGAACGAAGGAGCAGAGGGAUGCAGAGAGGGAGGGAGAGAACGAUGGUUAUAUGGAACCCUACGACGCCCAGCUCAUCAUUACAGAGAUCCGCCGGCGGGGCUCUCGUGACCUGCUGAAGGUGUGUGUGGUGCUGAAGGGGGACGAGGAGGGUGGCGAGCCCCAGAUCUACGACGUGCCCUACGAGGAGGUUCUAGAGGGUAUCCCCCUCACCCGGCCCGAGUGUGACCCCCGACCCCAGGCAGAGUACGAGCUGCCCUGGGAGUGGCGCAAGGAGCAGAUCGUCAGGGCCCUGUCAGCCCAGUUUGAUGGAGUGGAGCGGGUGACCGGCAGCAGCAAGGAGGACGCGGCGGUCGUGAUGUCCCCUCGCCAGCAGAGGCAGAAGAGCUGGACCCCCAAAACCCUGCGCCCCUCUCCCCCCUCGCCCUCCCUCACGCUCACCCCAGCCAGCACCACCCCAGCCAGCACCACGGACAGCGACACGAGAGACAGCCUGGUGGACCCCACAGUGCCUCUGGAGAAGCAAAGCUGGUACCACGGCUCAGUGAGUCGGCAGGAGGCGGAGGCUCAGCUGCACAGCUGUAAGGAGGCCAGCUUCCUGGUGCGAGACAGCGAAUCAGCUACCAGCAAGUACUCCAUCGCCUUGAAGACGAGCCAGGGCUGUGUGCACAUCAUCGUGGCCCAGACCAAGGAGAGUGGCUACACACUGGACCAGAGCCGCUGCACUUUCCCCAGCAUCCCCCAGGUGGUGCACUACUACUGCACCCAGCGCCUGCCCUUCACCGGGGCCGAGCACAUGACCCUGCAGCACCCCGUGCCCCGCACACACUAGGGCCCCCCUGUGGCCCAAGACACACAUUAGAGGCCCCCUCUGUCCCCACACUCAUUUGCCCCCCCCCUGUGCCCUGAGACACAUUAGGGGCCCCCCAUGACCGAUACACAUUAGGGGCCCCCUGUGACCCCAAGACACACUACUGACCCCUGAUCCAAAUACUACUGAGCCCUAAUCUGAAGACUAGUGGCCCCUGCCCUAUACUCACAUUCCAGAUUAUAUCUUGUCGUGGUAGUUCAACACUUAGGCUGCGAACACACCAAACACAGAUUUUACAGUUUGAGGCACAGUUUUUUUAAGGCAUUCCAGGCUGUAUCAAGUAGGUCGUGUAGAAAAAAGUACACCUCAAGGUGGAAAAUACCCUUGUCACAGAUUGCCAGAUGUCCAGUAAUUGAUAGUAUUGAUAGUAAUUGGUGUAUUGAUAUAUUGAAUUAUUCAAAUUCUCAUCGGACAUUUAAAAUAUCUGGGAUCAGUGUGAUGGAAACCAAAAAAAGGCAGAUUACAAGCAAAAACUUGUGUUUGGUGUGAUAUCGGUCCAAAUGCUCUCUGGGAAUUUGUGCUGUAAAUUUUACACUCAUUCAAAACUUAGAGAGUUUAUUUAAACACUCUCCCUAAUUAAACCCUACAUACAUUCAAUAGGGUGCAGUUGGUUGUACUCUCUAAGUAUUGAAUGUGCUCCCUGGCCCCUGAUCUACGCACCUGUGCCCCCUGAUCUACGCACCUGUGGCCCUUGGUCCUGACACAUGGCCUGAUAACCAUAUGAUGACCCCUCCGUGACCUGAUGCCCCGACCCCUCACACCUGCCCCAGACUCCAGGGGCCCCGAUGGACCACCUUUGUUGAUGCAUGACUAGACUAUAGAGUUGCCAAAUCCCUGUACACGAUACACACACACACUCACACACACACUCACACACACACACACACACUGACAUGCACACAUGAACACAUGCACGCACACAUGUGCGCGCACACACACACGCACACUCACAUACAUGCGCUGUACACAUGCACAUACGUAUGCACAUACGUGUGCACACACACACACACACACACACACACACACACACACACACACACACACACACACACACACACACACACACACACACACACACACACACUCACACACACGCACACACACACAGAUAACAUGCAUAUGCAAAACCCAUCACAAGUGCCCUUACUACUAUGCUAUUAUUGACUACCAAAAAAGGAAUUAAGUCUUCAAAGUGGCCUUAGUCUGGCUAUGCCAUCGGAACCAAGAAUUGAACCAAAACCACCGACAGUCUACUGGAGACUAUAUCCUCACUCAUGUAUGGCGUGUUUGUAAAACCCUUUACUCGUCCCACACACACAAUAUUGCCAGAGAGCUGGCCUCCAGGAACGUGAUUUAUCUAUGGAAUUUGUUAUGACCUGACACACACACACACACAUCUUGUAAUUUCUUUCUCUCGCUCUCUCUCUCUCUCUCUCUCUCUCUCUCUCUCUCUCUCUCUCUCUCUCUCUCUCUCUCUCACACACACACACACACACACACACACACACACACACACACACAUCUUAAUAUUGGAACUGAAGUCUUGUUUAAUCUGACCUUUUUCAAACACAUGAUAACAUUGUUCUUCUGCAACGAACUGUGCCAGAGUAGACUGUAUCCCUGUCCCUCCAUACUUAAAUUCUUAAAAUGUAUUAAUUUAACAAAUACUUUUUUGUCCUGUUAAUGUACAUCUUCAAAUGUUUUGUACUUUUUCAAAAAGCCACACACGUCAUAUAGCCUUAUAUCUCGUAAUGUUAUUAUAAUGUUGGGAUGUUUGUUGCGGGGGUUUUGAUCAUUUUUUUGUUUGUUUAUUUUUGGUGAUGCUUAUUGUUCUUCAUUGUGGGGUACAGACUGUUGGUGUGAUGGCUUCUUUCCCAGCUGUGUGUUCAGCAACAUAAUACCUACUGGGAAGGGAAGUACAAGAACCACGCACCCUGGUGGUCACCCUGUGACAUUACAUCGUCUCGCCGUCUCCAAUUCCACCGUGCUGCUCUCCAAUUCACUGCAUUAAGGCCGUGUUAUCUCUCUGUGGCAACAGGCGCGGCGCACGUCUUAACACGCUUCAAAUAAAGGACAUAUUUUUAGAA